AUGGAGGGUAUGGGUAGGUAUAAACUUCCAUCAGGGAACAUGUACGAGGGAGAAAUGAAAGACGGAAUGUAUCAUGGUAAUGGUAAAAUAAUAUUUCCAGAUGGUGGAAUAUACAGUGGCACAUUUUCAAAUGGAUAUCCUGUUUCGGGAAUUUACCGAUUUCCCGAUGGGUUAGUAUUUUCAGAAAAUAAUUGGCAAUAUUGCGAUGGCUACGAUCGUCGAUUUGAAACAGAAAUCAAGCAUGGUCUUAACGCUCCAGGUGAAGAAAAGCUUACUGAUGGGCCAACAAUGCAAAUACCACCCACAUUUUAUGAUGUUGGAGAUGGGUUCUAUGAUCCUGAAAACCGCAUCGUAUUUGACUAUAAGAUGCGGUUUUUAAGAAAUGCCGAUGUCAGUGAACACGAGUGGAAUAUUAAAUACGGACGAAAAGGUUGGGAUGAGUUUACGAAUGGUCAGCCGAAUUCCUGUAGACCUGAGCUAUCUGAUCCCCGUUUAAAUGAUGGAGAAUGGAUAAAGUAUUUUAUUUUUCGUAGUGUCAUAUUACUUUAG